AUGAAUGUGUCCUAUUCAUUGUCUAACGUGGUUGGGUAUUCCAAUCAACUACCUACUCUAGAUGUGAAAUUACCAUUGAAAUAUGCAGAGGUACCCUUCACCACAGACAACCACGAUGAUGAAUUUCUUUCCAAACUUGCUGCAACUGGACAAUUCCUCAAAUUCGAAUCCACAUCGCUUAUCCCACUAGUAUCAUGCUCAAUAUUGAAUGAUUUAUCAACUAUUAUGCUCACCCCCAUUGAGCGUAAAGCAAACAGUUUGGGAUUGAAACUUCAGAAUAUCAAAAUCAACUUACCUCAUACAGUCUUGUCUACCAAUUGUUUUGAUGUAAACCACGAUAAUGACAACAUAUACAUCAACUUGAUUGAUUCCAGUUACUUGUUCAUAUCUUUAAAGAUACCAACAGAGAUGUUUGUGUCCGGCAAAACAUUGUCGUUGUUUGACUUUGAAGAAUGGGGACAUAUAUCUGUCCCAUACUCAUUUGAAAUGAGAUCAAAUCCAUAUUUUGUAAAAUCCAUCGAUGAAUUGAAUAUGCUCGUGUCAUUGAAGGAUGGUGGCUUUCUCCAUUUUCAAAAACAAACUGCUUUGUCAGAUGUUGAUAUUUACACUUUUAACGAACCAGUUUCGUUUCUUGGUGGGUUAUUCAGUGCCAAAAGGGGAAAAUUAGACAUGAAUGGAGUUUCAGCAAACACUGUGCUUGAUUUGGUUAGAUUUGAUGAUCAUUUGAUUACCCUAACCGCAAGUAGACAUUUGAAAAUGUGGAGCUUGUCCAAACAUCAAUACAUUUCAUCUACACCAUUGUACGAAAAUCUGGAAGAGGAAACUUGGUUGAACACAGUACCAUCAAAAUACAUGCAGUUGCUUAAUGUUGAUGGGGACUGGUACAUCACGCUGCACAGCUCAACAAACAGCGCCACCGAAAAUAAUCAAUUUGCAUUUCAAACUUGGCAAGUUCAUCAACUGUCAUUGAUCAAAGUUCCCAAAUUCGAGUUUGAACCAAAAGUGCCCAACAUUUUGUUAUCAUCAUCGGAUAUAUUCUACCACGAAUCAACUUUCCAAAAUAAGACAUGGAUUAUUCAAGAUUUUGAAACUCAGCACACAGGUGGCCAAUUGAAAAUUCACAUUUUGUGGAAAUCUAAUACAUCAUCUAUUCUUGUCACCUACACUAUCGAUGUCGAUAAUGGAGCAAUAAUAUCAAUUGAGUCAUCCCUGCCAACAGAGCACAAUGAAGAAGAAGAAAUUGCCGUUCUUUUUGACUCGGAAUAUUACCGUCGCAAGAUUUUUGAUUCCGGUGAAUUCAACAACUUGAUCGUUGCUACUUCCAUAUCAUGUUUACGCCGCCAUUUCGAAUCGCAACAAGAGCACAUUGAUGGGGAUUUACGUACAUCGGCGAAAGAAUUGAUAGAGUUUCAUUCUACUGCUGAUUCUGCUAAACAUAAUUGGUUCAAACUUUACUCCUUAUGCCAGGAUUUCAGCAAGAAAAGUCAAGAGGCAUUGGCAUUGAUAUCUUUUAAUGAAAAAUUGAUCACAAUACAAACAAAUGGAUACGGACUAUAUGGAUCGUCGCAUUAUUUUGAAUCCUUGUCUCAUAAGAACCUUCAAAGCCCUGAAGGUAAAUUGAUGCAAUUAUUCAACAAGUUCCGUAUCACUUUGUCCCCAAAUACAUAUCACAAGUUGAGCGAGUCUAUUGUAUCUCGUCAACGUCAAUUUGAUGAUGCCACUGCAGUUGAUGAGUUUUUCCAAAUGCAUCUUGCUGAGAAAUUACCACCAUUGGAGAUCCAAUCAGUAUUGUCUGAUUUGGCAAGUAUACCCAAUGCAUUACAAAUUAUUGAAUCGUUGGUUGCUGAUACAGAAUAUCAAUUGAUUGAGGUGGUUGAUCAAGUGGGUGAUUUGGGUCAGUUUUUCAAAUUGUCAACCUUUGCCGCAUUCAAGGACAUAAUGCAACAACAUACUAUACUUUUGACAGAUUUGUUGAUUUUACUCUUUGUUUGUGAGGUUAAUGAUGAAAUUUUGAACUUGCUUAAUCAAGUUAUGCGUGGAUUGCAACAGUAUGACCUCACUGAGUUAAUAUUUGAGACCUGUUUUGAGUCUGGCUCUGGUAAAUCUCCACUUGAGUCUCGCGGGUUGGCAAAUACUGAUUAUUCAUUGUUUUGGUCUGCUAUAGUCAACGAAGAUACCACUUUGAAACAACUUAUUGAUAACUUGCGAGUCAGUGAGGCAUAUGAUUAUUUCCACAAUGACGUAUUAACCAAGAGGGAUUUUAUUGUCAACUCCGUCAUUGAGUUGAUCAAUCAUCAACAAGGACCAUACUUGAACAAGUUUUUUGUAACCCAAUUGAAUCAAAACGACGUUAAUGAAUUGUUUCUUGUUGGCAUAAUCCAUUUGAUCAAUCAUGAUGCAUCUCUCUUUUUUGACACAUUUGUUCAGUUUGAAAAAUUUGAGAACCUUGAUGUUGCCAAUUUGAAAUUAUUGAAACAAGAUGAAAACUUGCGUCAUUUUUUGAGUUGUUUCUACACUUUGCCCACACGAGGUGAAUAUUACCAUGGAUUGUCCGAAUUGGCCAUGUCACAAGUUGCACUGGGGAAAUUAGGCGAUGUGACAAGAACACAAUUGACUGAAGUGGCUUUGAAAUUUGAUAAAUUGGCAAUUGCAAACGCUAAAGACGAACCAUCAAAGGUUGAAUCGUUGUAUUUGAAUGUGUUUGAUUUAGCAUUAUCGAUAUCAGAUUAUGAUUCUGUUGGACAAGCAUUGCAACAUGUAACUUCCACCACCCAAAUAAAGACUUUGCUAACUCGCUUUAUCGAGAAAUUGAUUUCGGAACUGAAGAUCAAAUUGAUCUUCCCACCAAAUGACAGCAAAGUCUACCGAGCCCAUUUCAAGUUGAUUGAUUCGAUCUUGCUUCAACUAGCUAAUUCAACGCCAUUAUUACCCUCAUUGAAAAUAUAUCAGAUUUUAUCAUCGUGGAGAUUAUUUGGCUGUUGCAUGACAAAGCAGCAGCUAGGUGAUCAACGUGGCUCCUGUGAGGCAUUGUAUCUGUACAUUCAACGCUAUAAAAAUGAAAUCACCACCAUCGAUAAGGCAAGUAAAUUCCAAGUCUUGCAAAUGUAUUUACUCAUUUUAAAUGAGUUGAAAUCAUUUGAUGAAGUUGAUGAUCAAUGGUUUUUCAAUAGAUUGGCGGAACUGGAGUCUUCAACUUCACAGAUUGUGACUGCCAAUAGAAUCCAAAUUGAGUAUUUGGAAUGGAUGAAGAAUUUAGAAACAGAUUUAUCUACAAUAGAGUAA